ACCAUCCACCAUCCAUCAUCCAUCAUCAUCAGACACACAACCCCCUUCUUUCUCCUUCACUCAUUCUCUCUCUCUUUCUCUCACUUCACUAAAUCCCUCCCUCACUCACUUCCUCCUCAAUCUCCCCUCAAAAAUGGUAUCACUCCCUAAAAUCCCCUACCAUACUCUCACUACAUUCCUCUAUUUCUUCACCUUCUUCCUCCCAAUCUACACUCUAAACAUCACCCACAUCCUCUCACAAUACCCAGAUCUCUCCGAUUUCACUUCUCUCUUAACAACCACAGGUAUCUCCUCCGACCUCUCUCACCGUACUUCCUUAACAAUCCUCGCUGUACCCAACUCUUUCCUUCACUCUCACUCACCUUCAACUCUCGCUGACGUCAUCCGCUACCAUAUCUUACUUCAAUACCUUACUUUCUCCGAUCUCCGCAAAACCCCACUUUCUGGAAACCUCGUUACUACACUCUUACAAACUACUGGUAGAGCACCCGAUAAUCUCGGAUCUUUAAAUGUUACAUUCAAUCCUUUAAACGAUGUCGUUUCUUUUCACCCACCUAAUAACAAUUCUCUCUCUUGUAAUAUCUUAUCUUUCGUUAAAACGGUGCCGUAUAAUCUAUCGAUCUUUACUGUUGAUUCUUUACUGUUUCCGUAUGGUUUCGAUCUGAUGGCGUCGGAAACAAGACCACCUCCACCUGGGUUGAAUAUUACUAGAGCUUUAAUUGAUGGUCAUGAUUUUAAUGUAGCUGCUUCGAUGCUUUUAGCUUCGGGUGUAAUUGAAGAAUUUGAAGAAGAUGAAGGUGGUGCUGGAAUUACCCUUUUUGUCCCUACUGAUGAAGCUUUUGCUAAUCUUCCAUUAAAUGUACAAUUACAAGCAUUACCAGCUGAUCAAAAAGCAUUAGUUUUGAAAUUUCAUGUUCUUCAUUCUUAUUAUCCACUUGGUUCACUUGAAUCGAUUGUAAACCCGGUUCAACCCACUUUAGCUACGGAAGAUAAUGGUGCGGGUAGUUUUACACUUAAUAUUUCACGGGUUAACGGGUCGGUUGCGAUUAAUACGGGUAUAAUUCAAGCUGUGGUUACACAAACGGUUUUUGAUCAAAACCCGGUUGCUAUUUUUGGGGUUUCUGGUGUGCUUUUACCAAGGGAGAUUUUUGGGAAAGGUAAAGAGAUUGAAUUUAAAAGUGGGCCGUAUGUGGGGGCCCAACCACCGGUUAUUGGGCCGGCACCGGAGAGUUUUCCAGAUGGGUAUGGUGGGCCCAGUCAUUUGUCGGCGCCACCUGGAUUUAGAGAAGGGAUUUCGUCGGAUGGAGGGAGGAAUUUGGGUUGUUGUUGGAUGAUGUUUUGUAUAGCAUUGUUGUGUGUAUUUAUAUUAUAAAGUUUAGUUUGAUUGAUUAUUUGAGUCUUUCUUCUUCAUUUUUAUUGGUAAAUUAUAUAUAUAAUUUACUUGAUUUCAUAAA